ACUGGCAAGACAGCGUAAGGCGCGCGGGCCCUAGAGCGGGUGCGGCGGAGCGGCGAGCCCGGCCCUCCCGCCGAACAAGUCGAGGCCACCCCAGCGGCAUGGGAUCCGGAGCAGGGACCCCAGCAGGCGCCGGAGCCUGAGCCGCAGCGCGAGCGCGCACGGGGCCCGGAGCGGGGGACGCCGCGCUGCUGAGGCCGGCCGUCGCCGCCCGCGGGCCCCAGGCGGAGCGCAGCUGAGUGCCCUGAGAUUUGAGACAGUGGAACCCGUCAGCAGAAUGUCUCCUCUCCUGGCAAGCGACCCUCAGGCCACCAAGAUGUGCACCACCUCCAGGCCCACGCAAGCGCGCUCAACGCACUAGCUGGAGGCGCGAGGCCGCAGGGCCACAGGGCCACGAUGGUGUGCUAGACAGUGGCAAACUCGGCUUUCACAGACUUGGGACCUGCAGGUGCAGAGCCACCGUGGAGAGGCCAGGGUAUCACAAACUGAUGGAUUUUGACAAGAAAGGAGGGAAAGGGGAGCUGGAAGAGGGCCGGAGGAUGUCCAAGACUGGCGGGGGCCGCAGUGGCCACAGCGUUCGGAGCUCGGGGACCAGCUCGGGGGUCCUAAUGGUGGGCCCCAACUUCCGAGUCGGCAAGAAGAUAGGCUGUGGCAACUUCGGGGAGCUCCGCUUAGGAAAGAAUCUCUAUACAAACGAGUAUGUGGCUAUUAAACUGGAGCCCAUCAAGUCCCGGGCCCCGCAGCUGCACCUGGAGUACCGAUACUACAAGCAGCUUAGCGCCGCAGAGGGCGUCCCUCAGGUCUACUACUUCGGCCCUUGCGGGAAGUACAACGCCAUGGUGUUGGAGCUGCUGGGGCCCAGCCUAGAGGACCUGUUCGACCUGUGCGACCGCACCUUCACGCUGAAGACGGUGCUCAUGAUCGCCAUCCAGCUGAUCACACGCAUGGAGUAUGUGCACACCAAGAGCCUCAUCUACCGGGACGUGAAGCCUGAAAACUUUCUAGUGGGGCGUCCGGGCACCAAGCGGCAGCAUGCUAUCCACAUCAUUGACUUCGGGCUGGCCAAGGAAUACAUCGACCCCGAGACCAAGAAGCACAUCCCGUACCGGGAGCACAAGAGCCUCACGGGCACUGCGCGCUACAUGAGCAUCAACACACAUCUGGGCAAGGAACAGAGCCGCCGCGACGACCUGGAGGCACUAGGCCACAUGUUCAUGUACUUCCUUCGUGGCAGCCUACCCUGGCAGGGACUCAAGGCCGACACACUCAAGGAGCGGUACCAGAAGAUUGGGGACACCAAGCGUGCCACGCCCAUCGAGGUGCUGUGUGAAAGCUUCCCAGAGGAGAUGGCCACCUACCUGCGAUAUGUGCGGCGCCUGGACUUCUUUGAGAAGCCGGACUAUGACUACCUUCGGAAGCUCUUCACUGACCUGUUUGACCGGAGCGGUUUCGUGUUCGACUAUGAGUAUGACUGGGCCGGAAAACCCCUGCCCACGCCUAUUGGCACCGUGCACUCCGACCUGCCCUCCCAGCCCCCGCACCGGGACAAAGUACAGCCCCACAGCAAAAACCAGGCGCUGAACUCCACCAAUGGAGAGCUAAACGCAGACGACCCCACUGCAGGGCAUUCCAAUGCUCCCAUCACAGCCCCGGCAGAGGUUGAGGUGGCUGACGACACCAAGUGCUGCUGUUUCUUCAAGAGGAGGAAGAGAAAAUCACUACAGCGGCACAAGUGACCAGGCGCUUUUGGCGCAUGACUGUCCUCAAUGCUGCCCUCAGGCCAGCUUGUCCUUGAGGCCAUGGGCCACCCACAGGCCAGCCAGUGACAUGCCACAGCCCAAGUCAGACUGCAGGGCCACCUGGCCUGGAUGUGGGUCCCUUCCUUCACGUAAGACUUUGGCCGAAAUUUCUACACCUGUGUCUAGUCCUCCCCUCUGAGAGCAUUAACUAUUUAACAAGGAACAAAGGAAACCCAGAGGCCCGCUGCCCUCCCCGUCUGCCGAGUGAGUAGUGAGACUGGGCCAGGUGCCGCCACCGCCGCCCUUUAGCCUCAUAAAGUCCAGCUUGUCUCCCUUGAUCCAAAGGCCGUUUCCUCGAGGGGGGCAGGUCCAGCCCGGGAGGGGCAUCUGCUGAGCUGGUUGCCCAGGAGGGGGCUCUGGCGCUGCUGUGGGGUGAGGCCAGCUCUGGUCCAACCCCAGACCAAAGGGGAAGGCGGGGACGGGGCGCAGUCUGGCUGGAGCCAGCCCCCCAACCAAAAUGCUGCACCAAAGCUCGGCCCGAGCGCAGCCCUGCGCCGGAAGGUGCACCUGCUCCCGGAGACACCCCAACCCCUGGGGUAGGCAUCAGCCCUGGGCCGUCUGGGCCCUUGAGGCUGAGGCUUCUGGUCUCCGUGCUGCACAGCCGCAGGAGACGAAUCGCCUUAAAGCCCUGCGCCCCACAGGUGUUGCUGGCGGGGUGGCCGCAGAGCAGGUGGUGACCCCUUGCGGGUCCAGGAAGCUGCUGGGUGGGCAAGGCGCCCCCCUCCAGGGUGGUGGUCAUUCAGGCGUAGUUCUUGCUUUACAAAGUGUACAGAAAUGGCAUUUACGUUUCUCUGACGCUUCCUUGAAGCCAUAGAAUUUAGGGGCUUUUUUAAGAAAAUAAAAAAAAAUAA